CUAAGACACAUGGGUCAGUCUCAGAUGAGAAAAGCCAACCGAAAGAUUGUGUGCUUUCACCUGGCAACAGUUCUAGGAGCAACGCCAGCUUCUCAUCUUUGGAGGAUAUGAAUGAAGGCAAGUCGACUCAUGAAAAGUUUGUGAAAAAAUCAGCCUUUCAGAAACCCGAUGACAGCAAGCGAGACGCAUCCACCGAAAAGCAGGGAGGUAAAUCUGAGAGGCAGCAACACGUGGAGAGCAGGAAUGCCAGAGAUUUAAAAUUGUCCAAUACGGAUCCAAACAGGCAGCAGGAUUUGAAGAAACGCGCAUCUUCAGACUCCAUCAAUUACCGCCUCUCUUUUCUAAGUGAUGACAAGGAGAAAUCAGCCGUCAAAAGACUUUCUACUGGAAGUUUAAACCCAGUGCUGAAAGUCGUAGAAGAGUCUCAGAAUGAUAAACUUUCCACAAAGUCUGGUGCC